CUUCCUCCCCCUCUCCGCCCAUGUACAGACUCCAAGGUGCAGUGAAAAUUCCCGUUAUUAAAGUCGGGGUCACCUCUCUCCGUAGCAUGCGGAUUGCCAUUAUUAUAAGAUAACUUUAAACUUUAUCACACAUUGAGACCAAGAGUUACAGCGCAGCAUCAUGGGGAAAGUGAACGUCUGUUUGAAACGGAGUUACAUUGUCGUGAUAAGUUUGAUCGCGAUCAUCAGUGCUCUGCUGUUGGCCGCUACUCUGUUUAGCCAUGGAUACUUUCACGAGGAUGAAGAGAUAGAAAAGAUGCUUGCAGGUCUUCAUGCCUUGUAUAUUAUUUGCAUUGUAACUCUGGUCUUAACCAUCAUUGGUCUGUAUGGUGCCUGCAAAGAGAAGAAGUGGGCACUCAUAGUGUUUGUAGUUGGAAUGAUCCUGAGCAGUCUGUUCAUGAUUGCUGGUGAAAUUCAAGGACUGGCUUCACGACCAAAGGAAGCAGAAGAAAUGAAGAAGCAAUACCUAAACAUGCUGCCGCUGAAUAAUACCAGUGAGGCUCUUAUAGACGGCUUCAAGGAUGUACAGAUCGAAUUGCAGUGUUGUGGACUGGAUCAGGGCUACCUAGAUUGGGGUGACAACAUCCCAGAAUCCUGCCUGUGCACUGAAGAGUCCACUGCUCCAUGUGUGGCAGCUCCCAGAGACAGUAGUCUGUCUCAGCACAUGACCGAUGACCAGCCCGUCAUGAUUUAUAAAGAGCCAUGCCUUCCAUAUUUGAUCGAGCAUGAGAUGGCAGCCAUAAAUAUUGCAUUGGGUGUAAUGCUGGGGAUCCUAAUAUUCUGGAUAUUGUCAGUGGUGUUGUGUAUUGUCAUCUUGUGUCAGCUGAAUCAAAAGGAGGACAUCCCCGUGGUGGUCUACAGUCCCGAGGCAAAAGCAGGCAACUACCUGGUUCUUGCAGACUCUGCAGAGUACACCUGAUCAGGAUUGGUACAACUAUACUUAGUGUUUUUUAUGAUGUUUGAAUAUAUCAGAAGUCGCCCCCAACAAGUAAAGUUGCAUGAAAAAUGUGUACAUUUUUUUAUUUCUUUCUUGAAUGUAUUUGUUUGGGUAGUUUUGAUUUGUUUUUUUUUAAACAAUGAAACUUUUAUUCAUUUUUGCCAUCCCCAAAGAUAUGUGUUUUUACAAUGGGAAAACUGUAGGAUAUGAAAAUGGCCAUGAAGAGUGCAAACUGUGAAAGAGAAUUUUCUUUGUUACAAGCAAAUAAGCAUAUUAAGCUGCAUAUUAAAUCUGAGACCGUAGCUCUGUUUUUUCAGAGCAUCUCCAGCCAGCGUCUUCAAUAAGACAUGUGUUUAACAGUGAAUACAUUUAAACUUAACAUAAACAUAAAACAUGAUUUAGUACAUUUGCAGGCAGCAUAAAUGAGGGAUAAGAUAUGGGAAAAAGACCAAAUAAUUUAAAUGAGAUGGUUAAAGAAAAUGUGGUUUCAAAACAAAAGCACUGAAGAUAUGAUUGCAGAAAUGUUUACGUUUUGGAUGUAUUACAGCUUUAAUAAGUGUCUGUACUCUGUUCUGUCGCUUUAUCUUCUGUAUCAUAAUACACCAAAAUGUAUUUUAUGUCAUCAUCAUUUCAACAUUUUUUUAAAAUUACAUCUUGAUUAAAGAAGCUACUGGAGCACCUGCAAAGUUUUAUAGUACAGUUAUAUAAAAUAGGAUGUCAUCAGUACAUAUGUUGCUAUUGCAUUGACAAAGUAUCUCCAGGAUUAAAUGCUUCAGUUCAUUGCAGGAGAAGAAAGUAAUACAGAUGCAACUAAGAAACUGUAUUUUACAUGUUUUGGUUGCCAAAGAAGCAAAUACAACAACUUGUCUCCUCCUCUUUCGAAGCUGUGUCACAGCUUCCUGACACUCCCUUAUCCCCUUCAUUAGAAAAGCAGAAUGUACAGGAAUGUAACUAAACACCUCAAUAAAUGUUCACUUUGUACAUUUUUACAAACAGUGGAUAUGUUACAUUUGUACCUUUCAUUAGUAGCGGAUAUGUUGAACUUUACUUUUCCAUACAUUUCAAUUUUAUGUCGUGACAACACUGUGGUUGGUUAGAAAUAAGAAAAGAUCAUAUUUAGGCAAGGCAGCUUUAUUUGGAUGGCACAUGUCAUACACGAAGGCAAUUCAAAGUGCUUUAUAGAGCAAUAAAAUAUAAAACAUAAAGGAUACAGACAAAGAGAAGAAUGUCACAAUUUUUUUUUAAAUCACCAUUAGAAAUAGCAAAAGUGCAGACAAGACAAGAUUAUUAUUUAAAAUGAUUUAAAAUUGAGUUUAAAAAAUAAGUUUGCAGUCAUUACAGGGUGGAGUAGGCACUGUAAAAAAGGAAUGUUUUUAGCUUUGACCUAAAAGUAGUCAGAGUCGGGGCUUGUCUAAUAUCUGGGAGGUUAUUCCAGGUUUGAUAACAAAACGCUGCUUCACCGUGUUUUGCUCGGACUCUUGGGACGGUCAGUGGGCCGACCCCAGAUGUCCUCAGGGUCCCUGAAGGUUCAUAUGUCACAAGAAUGUCCGAUUAUAUAUUUGGGCACUGAGCCACAGAGUGAUUUUGAAAUCAAUUCUCAGAUUUUAGAACUGGAGUAAUGUGGUCAUACUUCCUACAUGUAGUUUUUGUCAGGACCCUCACAACAGCAUUUUGAAUAAGUUGAAGUUUUAUAUUUUAUAUUUAGGCCUCAAAUACUUGGUUUCGUGGCAAUAAACAUGCCUGGAAAUAUCCUGAAUUGUCGUUUAAAAAUGCCCAGUUUUGUCACAACAGCUGGAAAUGUUCUGAUGUGUGGGUAAUAAUAACUGUCAUGCCUACGUGUCAUGCCAUCCACGAAUCCCUCUUCCUCCUGAUGAGAAACUCACAUAUAAUCUGAACUACUUCACUUUAAAAAUGUGAACUACGCCACAUAUCAUGCCAAAAAAUAAAAUGUAGCUGCAAUGUUUGUUAUGUCUGACAGGUUAUUGGAAAUAUGCCACAAAAAGGACAUUUUUAUAAACAUGAAUGUGGCUAAAUGUCAUCGUCAAAUGUUGAGUAACACAAUAUCCACUGUGUCUUUCAGGAGGAAAGGAUGUGUCACUUCAAAUAAAACAAGUAAUGCUGAAAUCA